AUGCCCAACAAGGUGGAGGACAAUAGUGCCGAUUUGUCGGACCACCCGUCCGAUAAUGAGGAAGAGAGCGAGUCCCCCAACAAGGACGGCGACAAUAUGACUGAUACCAAGAAGAAGUAUGAUCCAAAGGAUCCUCAGCGACCUAGGAGGAAGAAGGCCCGCAGAGCCUGCUUCGCGUGCCAGAGGGCUCACUUGACAUGCGGUGAUGAGCGGCCGUGUAAGCGCUGUAUCAAACGAGGCUUGGCCGACGCUUGUCAAGACGGCGUGCGUAAGAAGGCCAAAUAUCUUCACGACGCGCCGCCUGAAGCACUUCGGCCUGUGCUGGGACCCAACUACGACCCAGAAGCUGAGCGUGUUCGGACCAAUGGCCAACGCCACAACUCGACUCAUACCGAUACUGUAUCUCCGGUGACUGCAGGCAACGGCUUUCUUGCCCAGAGCAACGGGCCGUCGUUUCCUGUCUUCUCAGCUGCCAAUCAGCCGCAGGUAGGCUUGUCAGACAACCUACCAUUCAGCUCGCCAGCACCGUCGGGCUUUCAGGCCGGCUCAGCAGCAAAUGCACCUCAGAUGGACAGCAUGAUGCAGGGCAAUGCCAUGGACUUCAAUGCCCUAUUCGACCCCAGCAACCCUGCCUUGUACAACUUCGACUUGGAGGGCCUCAACUUCGGCAGUCAGUAUGCCGGGUGGGAGUUCGGCAUCCUGAACAAGAUGGGUCUGGCUGCCGAAACACCACCACGAGAGAAUUCCAUCUCCGCGACGCCAACAACCGAGGCCAACUACGCCUCCUUGUUUGGCAAUGGGCCUAACCAGCCUUUUGACACCAUGAUGACCGGGAGCGACUACUCCGGAAUCGACUCCACCAAUUCCAUCUACACCCAAGGCAAUCUGCAACACGGGUUGCCCCAUGCAUAUGCUAUCGCGGCAGGGCCAAACAGUCUUGCUAGUCCAAGCACAGAUGCCACCCCGAGUCCGCAGGCGGCCCUCGACGGGUCGCCGCACACGACAUUCAACAACUUGCCGAGCGUAGCACAAACUGCAAACAGAAUGAAGCCCAUGCAGGACAAGAUUUCUCAACUACUGAUUGGCAAGAGACGAGACUCUGCUUCCGUUUAUGCCAAUGUCAAGGAACCCUAUCCCUACACUGCUGGGUUUCACAACAUGAUUUCGGUGAUCAAGCACCGCCUGCCGUUGACCAAACUGGUCAUGAUUGCGAGGUCACUGGGGGAAAUCCGUCCUUCCUUCAUUGCCUGCACCAAGGACCUGACAAAAGAAGAUUUGUUGUUCAUGGAGAAGUGUUUCCAACGCACUCUGUUUGAGUUUGACGACUUUCUUCAACACUGCUGCGCGCCGACGAUUGUGUGUCGGCGCUCUGGCGAGGUUGCUGCUGUCAACAAGGAGUUCACGGCCCUGACGGGUUGGACGAAAGAUGUGCUGCUAGGCAAGGAGCCCAACAGAAACGUCUUCGUUGGACCGACACAGGGGUCGGACGACGGGACCGACGGCAACACACGAUCCGCUGCCACGACACCGCAUCUCAAAACUGCUACUCUUGAACCGAAUGGUGAAAGGCCACAGCCUGUUUACCUGGCAGAGCUGCUAGAUGACGACAGCGUUGUUCAGUUCUACCGCGACUUUGCUCAGCUUGCCUUUGAAGACAGUCGAGGCAAGGUUCAAAGGAGCUGCAGUCUGAACAAGUACCGAACACGAGACAUGCUGGACAGCAAGGACACGUCUACGCACAGAGACCGGACGGGUAUCCUGAGCAGUCGUGUCACCAAGAUUGACAGCGAGCAUGGUAUCUCGCGGAUCGAAAAGGACGGCAAGGUCAACUGCACAUAUUGCUGGACAAUUAAGCGGGAUGUCUUUGAUAUUCCCAUGAUGAUCAUAAUGAAUUUUUUACCACGGUAUUAUCCGAACCAAGAGCCGCACCAGCUUGCCGUAUAG